AACCAAAACCAAGAGGGAUUUCAAUCAGACACAGCAGAUGAAAGAUGGGUUUUGUCCCUGCCUCUGCAUUUUUGGGGAUCGGAAAGGAAUAAAUGGAGCCCCACUUAAAGCGGCACAAAAUCUCAUGAAUAUUUACGCUGAUUCAUUAAGCUCUGCCUAAACCCUGGGUCGUUUGGCUAAUGGCACAUUAGAAGACUUAUCACGGUGUAGAAAGUGCACUAGGGCCUACGGCAGCAUUCAUUACCGCCACCCCUUUCCUCCUGCCAUCCCUCCCUCCUCUCCUCAGAAUAGAGAAAGCAGCACAAGGCCUGCACUGGGAUGGUGACGUGCCCAAUAGGCAUGAGACUGGUUGUGUCCUAGUUACCCGGGCAUGGCCACUCUCUGUCCAUUGGCCUGUCUGAAUGAAUACCUCAAUCCCAAACAGCACAACACUGUAUAUACCCUUCCAUCAAAUCUACAACUCUACAUUUGGACGGUGGUCUGUCUGAUGUGUAACUAGCUCCUCCAGCUAUGGAAUAAAUAGACCUCUACUGUCACACUCAACUAAGCGUCCAGUUCAGUCCCCCCCACAGCAUCAAGGACAGAAGGCCAAUUGUUCAAUGUCUGGACCCGCCCCGUACUACACUGCACUCGGCAUGCAUGUCAUGUCAACUCCGAGACCCUCAUUAAGGGAAAAAAGAGCGAACCCAAAAUAAAGGACCCCUGGAUCCCUCUGGGUAAUACAUUUGGGUCAGUUGGCUGGUGCUGGAGAGCGGUGGAAAGCGGCGAAGUGAAUGUGUGGCCUCCCGAGAUCACAGGCACUAUAUUACAGAAGCGUUGAUGACGGAGGAAUGGCAACUUGUGUCCUACAUUCAAACAAUGUGACCGACGUGAGAGACAUGAAAUAUGCGGCUUGAAACAUUUCACUCACGGCAUUUUGUUACGAUAACGACCGGGCCCAGCACAUUCAAAUGCAUUAUACUGAAUUCAUAUGUUGCUAUAGCAGAAACAGUGUUCCAUUCUUUGAAUUCUCUUAUUGUUUUCAUAAUGUUCUGUGUUGAAUAAUGUGUGCCAUUUUUUGUGUGCCUUGAGCCUAUGUUUGGGGGAGGGUGAGAUGGGUCGAGGGAUUGACUUACCACCACAGUACCUAUAUUCCUCAAUUCGCAUGUCAAUGACCGCUUCAGGAAUAAUGAGAGCGUCUAUCUUAAGCCCAGCUGCGUUUAGAACCAAAACUGUCACAGCGGUGUUACUGUCGCACAUUGCAACGUGCACCUGCUCCUACCCACGGUCUUCCACUCCUUCUGAAACGGUGAAAGCAUGACUUCCAUGGCAACCAGAAGUUAAUGAGUCGCCCGUGUUCUUGGGCCAGGGGGGGGUGACCUUUUUUACAGAGACAGACCAAUUAGGAGCAGGUUGACUCCACACCGAGUCCACCGUAUCGGAGGCCCUCAGACCAGCCUGACACACACACACGCACACACACACACACACACACACAGCCAAAUAUGCAGGCUGGAUGGGAAUAAGGCCUCUACGUUGUGCAUUUGAUUGAAUGCUCUCCGGAUUUGAUUUCAUCUUUAUCUGCUUGUACUGAUGAACGAGUUAAUGUAGCAUUGAGCACGCUCUGUGCCAGGCAAGAUGACCACAGCCAGGUAUCGGCCCACCUGGGACCUGGCCCUGGACCCCCUGGUCUCCUGCAAACUGUGCCUUGGGGAGUUCCCGCUGGAGCAGAUGACCACCAUUACUCAGUGCCAAUGUGUCUUCUGUACACUAUGCCUGAAGCAGUAUGUGGAACUCCUGAUCAAAGAGGGCCUUGAAACUGCUAUUAGCUGUCCAGACUCUGCCUGUCCAAAACGAGGACACUUAUUGGAAAAUGAGAUUGAGUGCAUAGUGGCUACAGCGAUUAUGCAGAGAUACAAGAAGCUGCAGUUUGAGAGGGAGGUGCUUCUGGACCCGUGCCGGACGUGGUGCCCAUCAUCGUCGUGCCAGGCAGUGUGCCAGCUGAAGGAGAUGGAGGUGGCGCAGCCCCAGCUGGUGAAGUGUGCCGUGUGCACCCUGGAGUUCUGCUCAGCCUGCAAGGCUAACUGGCACCCCGGGCAGGUCUGCCCACCCCAGGAGAACAACCUGCCCAUCACCGCUUUCCUACCCGGAGAGACCAGCUCCUUCUACAAGAGUGACGAUGACGAUGGUCCCAUCAAGCGCUGUCCCAAGUGUAAGGUGUACAUCGAGAGGGACGAGGGCUGUGCCCAGAUGAUGUGUAAGAACUGCAAACACGCCUUCUGCUGGUACUGUCUGGAGUCACUGGACGAUGACUUCCUCCUGAUCCACUAUGACAAAGGGCCCUGUCGAAACAAACUGGGCCACUCCAGGGCGUCUGUCAUCUGGCACAGAACACAGGUGGUGGGGAUCUUCGCUGGCUUCGGCCUUCUCCUGCUGGUGGCCUCUCCCUUUCUCCUCCUGGCCACUCCCUUUGUCCUCUGCUGUAAGUGCAAGUGCAGCAAAGGCGACGACGACCCCCUGCCCACCUAAACCCCGCCUCACUCAUCUUAGCAGGCGGCCAUAUUUCUUUUUCGUCCCUUCUGUUUUCUCCCUCCAAGCUUCUUGCGGUGCUUCAUUUAACGGGGCUGGGGCCUAGCUGCACUGUCUCGGCCCAGCCGCGUCCCGAUCCAUCUCGCUCGCAGUGUCAUGGUGGGAGAGGAGGAGUCGUGUUGACCCUGUGCUCCCUAGCCUGGUGGAAGAUGGGUUCACAGAGGUCAGACUUUGAGGACGACAAUGAUGCGCCUCUCUGUGGGCUUGGGAGCAUGUGUCCGUUUACUGUAGCAGGGCCACUCUGAGGCCUUGAGGUAAGCUACAGACAGUGGUGUAGUACAGAACCGAAGAAGAAGAGGAUGUUUUAUCAAGAGAAGAGGGAUAAAGAUGUGAUGUCUGAAUCCUCUUGUCGGAGACAUUUUCAUGCAGGAGCUGCUACUAUCGGAGGACCUUCACCUUAACUCGUUUCAGUCGAGUUUCUUGUUUUUGUUGGUUUGUCGAACACAAAGCUUCCCCCCCCUCUACUCUUUCUUUUUAGCACUCAACAUACAGGAAAUAGCACUGUGUUUACUCAUUAAAGACACUCCGUUUCUCGCUUUAAGAACCGGGGCGGGAGUCGGGAGGUUUUCGGUCUCUCACUCCCCUGUACAGCACAUUCUCUUGGUGGUGUCUGUGUUUCUGUAAUCUUUUGCUCUGCUCCCACUAUCAGCAAGAAGUUAUUAUUUUUACAAAAUGGAUUUCAACUCCUCCUAUAUGUGUCUUUGUGAGAGGGUGUCCCAAACUCCUUCUCACAGCCCAAAAAGAAGACUCCUGGUCCUGUGUUUACAAAGAAUCUCAGAGUAGGAGUGCCCGUCUAGGCAAGACAAAACUGAUCCUAUAUCAAUACUCCUACUUCAAGGCACUUUGUGAACAUGGGCCCUGAACAUUCGUCUCCCCAUCCACACAGACGUGAACAAACCAUCUGGAUGGAACUGGUUCUGACUUGUGUUGUCGAAUGGAAUACUUUAAUAUAGAUGUCGUGGUGUUCAUUCUGAGUUCCUCUAAACUCAAAUAAGAAUACUAUUUAGCCACAUAGCAACAAAUGGCCUUAAAUGAAUAAGAAACAAAGCCAAAAAAAGCCACCUCCAGUAUUCUGAAGAAGAAGAAGAAGAAAAAAAAAAGUCUUACAAAAACACAUGGCCAUUGUCCAAUUCCGUCCUUGUGAAAGCACACUUAAAUAAUUAAUUUGUUUAAUGCAUCACAGUCAGUCAUUAAAACCUGUCUAUUUUCAGGUAGAACAUAGGAAAUUAAUUUGUCUCUCUGAUACAAAGAUGUCCCUUCAUAUGAUCUAUAUUACAUUGAUGUUGGUCAUCUGUCCAACUACUGUAAUGAACAAUAAUCGUAUACAAUGUUUUCUUUAUUGUGUGAAUCUGUGGCAAACUUGCAUAAUGUUAGUGGUAUUGUUGUCAACGUUUUUGUUGGGAGCAAGUCGAGAGCUCUCGCUACAUGCAGCUACUGCAACCUAUGCAGGGAUAUAACAUGUCAAGAACUUCACUGGACUGUUUUGGACACAUCCGAAAACUGCUCUACACAUGACUGUAUCUAUGCAAGUUAGGAAAUGUACAAUCUUAGUCUUGCUAACAGUGUGGUCAUAUCAAGUGGUCCAGUAUGUUAUACCAGAUUCCAUGUGCCAUUAUCACAUCAUACAGUAGAAUUUCACAAAAGGGUGGUUGACUUACAUCAGAUGUAUUGAUAGUUUAUUUUUUUGUUUUAAUCUAUCAGGGAAGCCAUACAUUAUUUCAACACCAUAAUUUCCCCUUAAGUUGUUCCAUCAGAACUUGUGGUGAGGAGGCAUUUACUGUAGCUACACCAUUUCUCACUCUGAAACCCAUUUAAACUAGAGAUCAGUCAUUGGCGUUCCGCCAUCAAUAAGCCACUUUGGAACACAUACAGAAAAGCCUGGGUGCCAGUCUGUUUCUGCUCUCUUGCCAACUCCUUAUGAAAUUGUCACGCAAAACUGGCUUGACAAUGGAUUUAGGGAAAAAGCACAAACAAAUCCGGGACUACUGUAGACUACAUUCAGAAUACUGAGAUACUCUUCUCAGAAAUCCCAGAUUUUUAAUUUUGCUCUUCCAUAUUGGUCUCCACGUAGCAUUCGAAGAGUGGGUAUGGCAGUUACUCGAACUAGCAUUAGCCAUUCACCUCUAGCUCAUGGUAGCCACCACACACAAAGAAAACAUUAGCCUUAACUUUUAAGUACCUCGUACCUUUAGCCUCAUCAUUUCCCGCUAACCCUUAAUGCAUGCAAGUAGUCAAAGACUCGAUUUUAAAAUAAAAAUAAAAAAAAAACAUUUCAGUUGAGCUCAUUUUCUGGCAAUAGGGAAUAGGAAGGUCCCAACUGAGCAUGUCUUUGUGUGACAAUCAUGCCAAGCAAGUCUUGUGGGUGGUGAUAGAGAGUAAGUGAAUAGUUUCAAGCGUUUUAAGGUUUGUAAAGUAAAAGUGGAGAUCUUAUGUCCGUAUGGCCAGUUCCAGGCAUAAGCCAAUCAGGGUCUCAACUUACUAUUGAGAGUAAGAAUAGUAGAGUACACCAGGUGCUAUUUUGGAAUUUGGUUGUGCGUUAGCAGUUUUUCUCUUAUGUCACUCACUGACAGUCAAUUAGCAAUGUCAGUUAACAAUUUUCAGAGUAGUAGUUAGAUGGCUAGACUAUCUAAACCCGUAGUAAUCAUGGCUGCAUACCGACCGGGCAUGCAUGGCACGUGCCCAGGGGCCCUGACCUCCAGGGGGCCCCCAUUUUUUAAUUUGUUGGUCAUUCUCACUCCGAUAUCAUAUUAACAUGGCAUAAGUCAUUAUAAAAUGUGUAGAAUUGCAGUAAAUUGGCUGUAAAACUGAAAUGUUUUCUUUCUGCCCCAUGGCAAAAUUUGUAGAAUUAUCUGACUUUUCUACAAUUGCAAAGUUCUCUCCCCACCCCAUGGCAAAGUAUGUAGAAUUGCAGAAAAAAAACAUGCUUUAAAGGUCCAAUGCAGCCAUUUUUAUCUCAAUAUCAAAUAAUUUCUGUGAUUGUUUUAAAUUAAAAUGGUAAAAAAUAAACAAAAAUGGCUUCUUAGCUAAGAGCAAUUUCUCAGGCAACAAUUUUGCUAGGACUGUCUGGGAGUGGUGUGAGUGGGGAGGGGAAAACUGAAAAGUAGCUGUUAUUGGCAAAAAAGUUUGGAACUCUCUUUCUUGUUGGUCUAUUAACUAAUUUACCACAUGGUGAUGUCACCAUGGAACGCCAAAACACCAUUCCAUGAAAACAGGAUGAAAUUUCAGACAGUCUUUUCAAACAGCUUAAACACUACAAGGGAAUUAUCAUGUUCACAAUUUCACAGUAUUAUUCCAACCUCAUAGUGUGGAAAUUAGGUCUGUCAAACAAUGAAAAUAAUGAAUUGGGAUUAAUCGGCAGUUAUAUCGAGGUAUUCCAUCAUAGGCAUUCAGCUCGCUAGCUAACAUUAGCAUAACUAGAAUAACUGUUAUCUAAAAAAACGCCUGGGGAUGUGUGUAUAGUUAAACUUUCUGUACGUUUUCCUUAAAUUAUUGCUCAAAGCUGCGCACAGAGGAAAUUCCCCAUCGUCAAGACGGGGGCCACUAAAAUGUUUUUUUUCCCCCCGCUAGGUAGGGGUCCCCCAACCAAAUCUCGCUUAGGGCCCCAAAAGGCUAGAGCCGGCCUUGCCUAUGGCAGGGGGAUGUUAAUGUUGGAAGUUGAGCUUUUGAAUACUGUACAGUAUGACAGUGUACUAUUGUUUUUGUUUUCAAGAUGCAGUAUGUUCAUUAAAUAUUGCCGUUCUCUCUGGAAAUGUGUAAAGCUGUCACAGACACUUUUUGUUGUCCUUAUUAAAGGGUUUCGGGGAUUGUAAUUUUAAGAAAUGUAGCCUCUAUUUCCAGGCUUCCUCAUAACUCAGAGACUUGGGAGGAUGGCAUUGCGUGACUAUAGGAAAUGUACAUUCAAGCGAAGUGGAAACAAGUUCAUUUGGUUGAGAGGGGCUUUGAGCUGAGAGAAUCUUGAAUGCUUGUCACAAAAUCCUUUGACUCAACUGAUUUUGCCAGUAUACCAAUCAAACUCCAAUGACUUGUACAGUCAUUAGUGUUGUUAUCAUCUGGUUUAUUUCAGCAUUAUGCAGCAAAGGGACACAAAACAUUUAAUAAACUCCGUUCACCUCGAGGUGAGACCAAGCCUGUUGCACAAUUAUAUUCUAUGGCUUGAAACUUAUUUAGCUCUUUGUUCACACUUUUGGGCUUCUAAACUAUAUUUCAACCUGUUAUAUCAGAUGAUGACAUUGCUCUUGUUUUUAACAUUGCAUGUUCUACUCUCUACCAUCGCUAUAUGUUUUUAAAAUAUGGUCAAACUGUGCCUCUUAAUUUUAGUCCGAAACAACAUUGUGUGCACAAAACGUCCGACGGUUUCGGUCAUGACGUACCCUUUAUCAUGGAUUUUAAGUUUGACUUUCAACUUACCGUACUUAGGUUGCCUUUGUGUUAUACUUGUUCUGUAGGCUUUUAUGCAGUAAAUCAUACAGUAAUGACUUGUAUUUGUGUUAACUAUGGAAGGAUUCAUAUUUCCAACUUUUCAAAAGAUGUAACCUUGUAAAUUGGCAUGUGUGGACAGCAUUGGAUAAACACAUUGUACUUCUCCCAUGUAUCAACUGUUCCACUAACACUGUGAAAUGGAAUAAAUGUGGUUGUUUUUUGUGA